AUGGACCCCCGGGCCCCUGCCUGGCCACCCCAGCUGCGGGAGAGGCAGCUCCUCCGCCCAGGGCCCCCACCUUGGCCUGGCUUCUGGGACAGGGGCCACCUCCCUGGCCACUCCUGGGAGGAGGGCCACCAGCCCCGAAGGGACACUUGCAGACCAGCUUCCUGGGCUGAGUACUAUGAAAGUGGCUACCCCAACAGGCCAUACUCCAGGCAAGGAUACGAAGAUGCCCACUGGCAGUAUCUGGCAGCCAGCCAUGGGGGUGACUAUGACUAUGAAAGCCACCAGUGGCAGCCAGUGGCCUGGAAGGAUGACAGAGACCUGAGACAAGGAGAGCCUUACAGCAAGAGUACCAAUUACUGGAAGCAGCACUACUACAGGGGCUACCACCCCAACUUGGCUGUGCCCCACCUGGGGCACAACAGGACGCAAACCUACAACUCCUAUGAGGAGAGCUACGACCCGGUUGCCCAGCAGGAGUGGGCAGGGGGAGAAAGCUUCUGUAGCAAUUUGGGGGACCCCAGCAGUCAGCCCCAAGAGCCCAGCCUGCUCCUGCAGUACCGUGAGACGGGGCUCAGCUCCAGCAGCUAUGAGCUCAGCCAGUACAUCCAUGAUGGUGCUGACCACUACGACCCUGUGCUUUCAGGGACCUGGAGCCCGGCACAAGCAGGGGGGCCCUUGGCAUCCACCCUGGCCCCAGAGGUACCCCUCAAGUUCUUGCUGCCACAUGUGGCGGUGUGCUUUGGAGCCAGAGGACAGCUGGUGCUGGUGUGCCCCCACCGCCCUGACGAGGGACAGCUAGCCCUCGUCGAGCUACACAGCCUGGAGGCAGUCCUUCAUGACAUGAAAGAGCUGGAGGAGCUACAGGCCUUCCCAGGGCCCCUGACCAGGGAAGAUCUGCACAAGGUGGAUGUGAUGACAUUUUGCCAGCAGAAGAUAGCCACAAGCUGUGAUCCUUCAACACAGAGGGGCAGAGAUUCAGCUCUUCUCUGGAAAUUCCUGGUCCUUCUCUGCCAGCAGAAUGGGUCCAUGGUGGGCUCGGACACGGCUGAGCUGCUGAUGCAAGACUGCAGGCGCCAGGAGAAGUACAAGAGGCAAAUCCCUGCAACAAACCUGAUCAGCCUGACGGAUGAUGAGUGGGUGUCGUGUCAGCCGGGGACACUGGACCUCAUCACAGGGGAGGUUUCUCCCGUUGUGGAGACACAGGCACAGAUAGUGGAGAAGUUCACAAAGCUCCUCUACUAUGGCAGGAAGAAAGACGCUCUGGUCUGGGCCAUGAGAAACCAGCUGUGGGGCCAUGCUCUCUUCCUCUCCAGCAAGAUGGACCCUCGGACCUACAGCUGGGUGCUCACUGGGUUCACCAGCACACUGGCCACCAACGACCCCCUGCAGACCCUCUUCCAGCUCAUGUCAGGAAGGAUCCCCCAGGCAGCCCUGAGCUGUGGUGAUGCCACGUGGGGAGACUGGAGGCCCCACCUGGCCGUGAUGUUGUCCAACAAGGUUGGAGACAUGGAGCUGAACCACCGAGCCAUCGUCACCAUGGGAGACACGUUGGCUGGUAGGGGAGCAGUCGAAGCAGCUCAUUUCUGCUACCUGUUGGCAGAUAUUCCUUUUGGUUACUUCGGAGCAAAGGCAGAUCGCAUGGCUCUGCUGGGCAGCAGCCACCGUCAGGUGUUCACCCAGUUUGCCAGGACAGAGGUCAUCCAGCGGAUGGAAAUCUUUGAGUACUGUCAGCAACUACGACAGCCCGAAUCCUUCCUGCUCCCCUUUCAGGCGUACAAGCUCCUCUAUGCCUCUCGCCUGGCCGACUACGGGCUCCCAGCUCAGGCCCUGCAAUACUGCGAGCAGAUCGCCACAGCGCUCCUGGGCCAGGAUCCGGCCAGCCACCCUGUCCUGGCCCAGCAGGUGAUGAAGCUAGCCGAGCGGUUGAAGCUCUCUGACCCGCUGCUCCUGGAGAUGCCAGAGCAGGACCAGAUGCUGGAGCCCGACUGGCUGGUACAGCUGCGAGCCUGCUGCGGGGAGUGGGAGGUGGAAGAUGACCUCCUUCCAGAGGUAGCACUUGGUCAGCCAGGGCUCUCCUGGGCUGCUGCAUCGAUGGCAGAUGCCCAUGAGCUUGCCCAGAGUGAAGGCUACCAGUGUGAUGAGUGGUACCAGCCUGUGCCAUCCCAGGCACCCAGCUCCCACGAAGAAGUGUCCGUCGAGUCCCCAGCACCUACUCAGGCUGCAGCAUUGCCGCUGCCUGGUGUCGGGCAAGAGCCGCAGCCUCCCGCACUCGGUCCAGGGGUGGCUGCCCUUCUGGGAGGUGGUUUUGCUGACCCCCCUCUGCAGGCAGUGCUGCUGGCAGGAGAAGCUGGGGAGACCCAGGGCACCUCGCUGUCCCCUGAGGGGGUGCAGCAAUCCCUCCCAGCACAGCAGGGAGAAUUAAAGGCAAGGACUCGAACUGCCUCAGAGAGCUCCACUGUCUCCUCGGAAGAUGACAGCCAGCCUUCCUCGGAGAGCGCGUCCGAGGACACUGCCGAAGAGCUGUCACCAUCAGAGGCGGGGAAGUCGGGUGAGGACAAGAGCUUCGGAUUCAGGUGGUUUGGCUGGUUUCGGUCGAAGCCCACCAAGGAGACCUCUUCCAAAGCUGUUUCUGAGAGGGCCCCAGACUCCCCCACGCUGGGACUGCAGACCAGCUCCCACGAAUCUCCGUCACCGGUGGGCACAGUCCCUCUCUUCAACCCUAUCCAGUUCUCUCAGCUCGCCGCCACCGCUCGCCCCAACCAACCCAGGCUUCUUUCCCGGCGGCGCUACCCCGACCCCCUGUGA